ACAUGAAGCUGUUUGUGUUUGCUGCCGUGGUGGCCGUCUGCGCCGCCGCCCCCUCCCAGACGUACGAGGCCCCGCAGGUCCGUGCCGCCCUCCAACCCGUCGCCAGAAUCCUCGAGGAGGACAGCCAGCACGACGGCCAGCAGGGCUUCAGCUUCCGCUUCGUCUCCGACGACGGCAUCGAGCGGCAGGAGCAGGGCUCGGACGGCGCCGUCGCCGGCUCGUACAGCUACACGUCACCGGAGGGCGCCGAGAUCGCCGUGAGCUACGUGGCCGACGCGCUGGGCUUCCGUGCCGAGGGUGCGGCGCUGCCGACGGCCGUGCCCACCGAGUACCCGACGCCCGAGGUGCCGUCGACCGAGGCGGCCCCCGAGGUGCGCACCGUGCAGGGGUACUCGGCCCCGGCCCCCGAGGUGCGCGCCGCCCCCGCCCCCGUCCAGUACGAGAAGGUGCUGGUCGGAUAUCAGCCCCGCUACCAGUAA